GUGUGAGUGGGUGGAGCCUGUUGCUGUGUCUCAGCAGUUCAGAGAGAAGCUGUCUGCGGAGAAUCUCCUUCUCUCGCCUGCAGCGUCAUCAGAUGGUGAACAUGUUGCCAGGGGUGAUGGAGGCGUUCUCUGAUGCAGGUGGAGGUCUCUGUCACUUCUACGCUCGGUCACACCUGACAGGAUCUGAAUUACCCAUGAGGCCAUACUCCUGUGGAUCGACCAAUCAGAAGCUGCAGGUUCCUCAGGACUCUGCGGGAGCUGACAGCCAUUCACCUGUCGGAGCCCCGCCUCCUGCUCUGGUUGCCAUGGUGAAUGUUUACAUCCUGGUGACCUCAGUAAAGCCGCUGACUUCCUUCCUGCAUGACAUCACUGUGGUGACGACCAAUCAGGAGCAGAGAGGGCGGCCCACAAAGCUCAGACGCUUCCUGCUGCAACAGCUGGGACCGGCGGCGUCCCAUGAGGCUUUGGGGCGGGUGAAGAAGGUGAUAGGAGAAGUGUUGCAGGCUGCAGUGUUGACCAAUGAGAAGCAACAAUCUGUCCACAGGUGCGUGCUGUGUUACCAGCUGCUGACCUUCACUCUGCUCUUCAGCGGCUCCAUCACACCGGUGGUCAUCCAGGUGGACGUUGACCUGACGUUUUCCUCUCUGAGCGACGACACGUUUGAUGGACAGAUCACCAGAGACCUGAUGCUGAAGGACACACUCGACUUCCUGCUGCCGACGGACACACACCUGUCCUCAGAGACACACCUGUCCUCAGAGACACACCUGUCCUCGGAGAAACUCACACAGACAUUGGGGGGACAGGACGGUGGCUGCAGAGGGACAAACACUGUAUGUGUGUCAGAAGACGAGUUUUUUCUUCUGCUGCAGUUUCAGCGGCAGAUGAAGACGCCUUCAGCGUUUCAGUUGCUUUCUCCCAGCAUCUCCUCUUCCUCCUCCUCCUCUUCGGGUCCUCUCAGUGUCUCUGAUCUUCUGAUCAGGAUCAGUCAUUUCUAUGAGCUCCAGAGAAACCACACCUUCAGAACUGAUGAGACAGAAAAACUGACCAAUCAGGAGUCAGCUCUGGCGUCUCUACAGGACGAGGCUGAAGGUGUUUGUUUUUCAGGCCCCUGUUCGGACUCCCACCUCAGACAGAUCUACACUGACCCCCCCCUCACUCUGACCCCGUCCUUCAGCCCCGAGGUGAAAGAGUAUCGUGCCGAGGUGACCUUUGACACGGUGACGGUUCGAAUCCGGCCGGAGCCUUUCAGUUCAGCCUGUCGGGUUCACUUGGAUGAGCACCGAGGCCCCAGGAUGGCAAACUACCCGGUCGGCCUUGGCAACAGCAGGAUCAGCAUCCUGGUGACGGACGGCGCUGAGACGGAGCCUGCCGUCAUGACCAUCUACACCGUCCACGUGUACCGCGAGAGCCGGCCCAGUCUGCCUAUGUUCGGGGAUCAUGUGACGUGCAGCUUCCUGCAGGAUCCUCCGGGUCUGAAAACUGAACCC